AUGGCUCUCGCAAACCCCAGCACGGACGCCCAAGUCCUCAUCGCAGCAGAGAUAAGCCCAGAACAAACAUUCCGCACUUUCACAACAGACACAGCCUGGACACUCGGCAAUGCGCUCCGCGAGCGAAUCCUCUCUCUCCCCUCCGGUCAACGCAAGCCAGCCCUGAUCUCCAUUGCACUGGCAACCGCAACAUCAGGUGGUGUCCCACUGCACGUCCUCUUUCAGAGUGCCACAGAAAGCGGCACAAUCCCCGAUAAUGAGAACUGGGUGCGUCGCAAGCGCAACACCGUCUUGCGCUGGGGCGUUUCCAGCUGGGCGAUGAGGCAGAAGACCAUUGGCGGACUGGCAGCCAAUGCCUCGGCCGACCAGAUUGAGGCUGCAUUUGUCAAGAAGUAUGCUGUUGCCAGUGCUAAUGGUAGCGCUGUUGCUGAUGAGUAUGCCAUUCAUGGUGGUGGAUAUCCUAUUCGGGUCCGGGGUGUUGAGGGCGUUGUUGCUGUUGUUGUUGUUAGUGGGCUGAAGCAGGAGGAUGAUCAUCAGGUUGUUGCUGAGACUAUUCGGGAGGUUGUUGCCCAGCAGAAUUAA